GCAUGGCUGCUGAGCCCACCGGAGAGCGUCGCUCGGCCUCGCCUUGAACAGUUGGGGCUCCUUCCGCUGCGGUCCCUUCCUGCCAGGAGGGCUUUUCCUUCGCAGGAGAAAGAGAGUAAAAGAUUGUGACCAAACAUUCACCUGCAAGGCAUCUAUCAACAGACAGUAGAAAAUCAGCACAAGGCAGCAGCCAAGAGGAAGGAUGGACCGUGGGAAACUCCUGGAUCCCCCAUCAGACACAAGAAGCACUCCAAAAAACCACAAAAAACCUCAUGAAUGCUCAGAGUGUGGGAAAUCCUUUGCUCGCAGGUCCCUCCUUUUGACCCACAGGAAGGUCCAUGUGGGAAGUGGAUCCAGUCAAGGUUUGGAGAGCGAGAAAUCUUUCUCUGGGAAAAACUCCAAAGAUCUCAGGAACCCCCCAACACUAAAACCCUAUAAAUGUGUGGAAUGUGACUUAUGCUUUGGACUAAAGUCACACCUUCUUAGACAUCAGAAAAUCCACACUGGAGAGAAACCUUAUCAAUGUGUGGAAUGUGGGGAUUUUUUCCGUGAAAAAGCCCAUCUCAGAUACCACGAGAGGAUUCACACAGGGGAGAAACCUUACAAGUGUUGGGAAUGUGGGAAGAGCUUUUCUCGGAAGUCAAAUCUUUCGUCCCAUGAGAAGAUCCAUGAAGGAAUAAAGCCUUACAAAUGCUUUGAGUGUGGAAAAUGUUUCACCCAGUGUUCAGGUCUUCAGAGUCAUGUGAAAACACACACAGGGGAGAAAAACGAAAAGUGCCUCGAAUGCGGGAAAUAUUUUCCCUCGAAAUCAAGCCUGGUGCGACAUCAGAGAAUUCACACUGGAGAGAGACCCUUUGAAUGCCCAGAAUGUGGGAGACGAUUUGUGUAUUCUUAUGAACUUCGGAGUCACCAGAAGAGGCACAAAAAGGAGAAACCGUAUCAAUGUGGGGAGUGUGGGAAAAGUUUUAUUAAGGCAGGACUGCUUCAGAUUCAUCAGAGGGUCCACACAGGGGAGAAGCCGUACAAGUGUGGGGAGUGUGGGAAAUGCUUCUCCAGAAAAGACCUCCUUGGAAGGCAUCAGAGGGUCCACACAGGAGAGAAGCCAUACAGAUGCAUAGAAUGUGGGAAAUCUUUUGCUCGAAAUGAAAGCCUUUGGAUCCAUCAUAAAACCCACACAGGGGAGAAGCCACAUCAAUGCAACGAAUGUGGAAGAUUUUAUCCUACCUCAUCAGCCCUUAGAGGUCAUGAGAAAACUCACACAGGGGAAAAAAACCACAAAUGUUUAGACUGUGGGAGACAAUUUGCUAGGUCAUCUGCCCUUAGAGUUCACAGCCGAAUCCAUACAGGAGAGAAACCUCACAAAUGCUCAGAAUGUGAUAAAUGUUUUUCUCGGAAAUAUACUCUUGUGAUGCAUCAGCGAAUCCACACUGGAGAGAAACCGUAUAAAUGUCUGGAGUGUGGAAAACGUUUUGCCGGAACUUCAGCACUGCGCAAGCACUCCAGAAGUCAUACAUGAGAGUGACCUUACAAGUGUGCAGAGAGAAACAAUUUCAUUGCAAAUCACUGUUAAAAAUGCACCAGAAAGUCCGUAACAGAGAUAAACCUGCUUAGUUGUGAACAAUGUGGAAAACACUUUUUAAAAAAAUGUCACAUGUUAUAAUUCACCAGAAACUGAAUUACCAUAUUUUUCGGAGUAUAAGACGCACCUUUUUUUUUUUGAUAAUUUUUUUUUAUUUUUUAUUUUCAAAACAAACACAACACAAAGGAUCUUCCUUCUUUAUAUACUGUAGAAAGUAUAUCAGUUAUAAAAGACUUUCGUGCAUCUCUUCCACAGUCAUCAACCAUAAUUCAUAUUAACUC